AUAGCUGUUUCCCUUAGCUUUUUUUUAAUGAAAAAAGGUUCUGCAAAUGGAGAACAAUUACAAGGCAAAAGGAGAUGAGACGCUUAAUAAGGAAUUCUGCAAGAAGCUAGCUACCAACUUCAGCUCCUCUUCAAACCGUCUGGGAAAAUCUACUAUAACGUGGCAACAGGUCCAACAUUUUUUCCAAGAAAAACAACUGGAAGAAACGGAACAAGAUUCAUCAGCACUGGCCAUUGAACUUUUUGUUGAUCUUUCUGAUGCAAACUCAAGCAAACCGCUAGAAUUCAUGCAAAGAAGAAAAGGUUCACUUAUUGGCAUCAGAAAUUUACAUUUUUUAGGGCAAAUUAUUGGUGAAUAUCUGGUAGUUAUUGGGGAAUUGUCGUUUGAUUCAUUUUCUUGUAUUGAUUGUAAUUUUGUAAUGCAGGUACAGCUGAAGAUUAAGGAAUUGUCAUUUGAAGCCAGAUCGUCAAAAGAUUAUGCAUGGUAUGAUGUUGAAACGUUCCUCAACUAUAGAGUCCUUUACAACGGUGAACUUGAAGUUCGUGUACGAUUCUCUGGGUUCGAUAAAGCGGAGGAGGAUGAGUGGGUGAAUGUAGAAACUGCAGUUCGUGAACGAUCUAUUCCUUUAGAACCUUCUGAAUGUGAUCUGGUUAAGAUUGGAGACCUCGUGCUGUGCUACCUGGAUAGAGAGUAUUAUCAACUUUACUGUGACGCCCAUGUUAUGGAUGUUAAAAGGCAGACGCAUGAUGCUAAAAGCUGUACCUGCGUAUUCGUGGUCUGCUAUGACCAUGACUACUCUGAGGAAAAUGUUUCGCUCAAGAGAUUAUGUCGCAGGCCUAUUACUUGAAAGCAGUUGUGCGGUUACAAAUUGUAAGCAAACCUUUGUUUGCAUUUUCACAAACAAGAGCUGGAAGGAUCCUUCAUCUGAUCUUUAUGUAGUGUGCAUGAAACAAUGCUUAAUAUAACAAUCUUUUAUUGAGGGGU